AAUGAUGUGUUGUGCUUUUAUUCUCUGUUUUAAACACCCGUUUGUAGUGCACACGUGGGUGCUAGCAGCAGGGCUAACACCAGUUGUUUAGGUCGGUGCUCGACAGAGUGGAGCUUGAGGUUAUACUCAUUCCGCUUUUCAAACGGCAGCGUCAAAAAUGCAGACAAACUGGAUUUCACGUUGUAUAAAAACGCAGAUGAGAGUAACCCCAGGAAAAAGAGCAGACGGAUAAUGGCUGCUGAAUCAGACAGACUGUCCUAUGUUGGAAAUAAUUUUGGAGCAGGGUCCUUGAAAUGCAACAAUCUUUGCAAAUAUUAUGUAGGAGUGUUGAACAGGGACACCAUGCAAAUGGAGGUGCACAGAGCGCAGCUCUUCAACAUGCAGCCUGUGAUACCAGGAGAGGCGACAGUUGCUGAAAAACCACAGGACGCUACUCAGACCUACAGAGACAAGGUUGACUCUUUGAUUGAAGCAUUUGGCACCAACAAGCAGAAGAGAGCUCUGGGCUCCCGCAGGCUGAAUCAGGUGGGCAGCGAUACUCUGCAUAAAGCAGUGGCUAAGGCUGCCAACACUGUGAUUGACCAGAAGGGUCUAGAAGCUCUACAACAGGAAGUGGCUGACACAGAGGCCCAGGGAGAACUGGCUCUCCACCUGCCUCCCUGCAACGCCGCCGCUGACAAACCUGAGGACGUCUACCAGUUUGAUGAUCUCCUGAGUCCAGCAGAAUUUGAGGCUUUGGAGCAGGCUGGUGCCAAGCUGGCUGCCCUCUCGUCCGAGGAGCUGCAGAAGAUGAGAGAUGACGGAGGGUGCUUGUGUGUUUUGAAACAUCUGGAGAACAUGCCGUCUGCAGAUGAAGCUAGAGAUAAAACAACACGCUGUGCCUUUUACCUUUCUAUGCUCCUCAAACUGGCACGACAGAAGAGCAUCAGCCGCAAGUUUGGGCAGGAGGAAGGCUGUCCUCGGAUGAUUCAGAACAAACUGCUCAGAACAUUUUCUGUGGAGACUUUCAACAAUGGCAGGGUGCAGAACAUGGUGUCAUCAUCAAUGCGUGCUAAAUUAGCAGCUCACUGCCUGGCUCUGCUGCUGCAUAUGAGUCACAUGACCGCUGACCUCACAUUACUGCACCGUGACCUGGGAGUCACCGAGGCCAGGAUGAUUGAAGUGGCAAAGUCAAUGGGACUGACUCUAUCCAAACAGCCCCGGGGGAAGGCUAACGAGGCUGAGUCGGUAGACACAAACAGACAAGCCUCUGUAGUUCUACCUCUGGUCAAAUAUGAUCAGUUCAUGGAGAGACGGAAACGCAAGAAAAUGCACUGAAGACCAAGAUAAGAAUUGGAUAGAAGGAGGACUAUAAGCAUUGGAAAUGUCACAAACAAGAAGCGUUUAUUAAUGUAUUUUGUAGACCAAUAAAGUGGUGAACUUCUGAGUUGUA